GGCGGUCCAGCCUCGCGGAUUGGACGCUCACCCACCCUCCUUGACAGCUUCCACACCUCACUCCUAGCUCUCAUGGAGACCAUGAAAACGAAACGGCCGUGGUUUGUUAGAUGCAUCAAACCGAAUCCAGAUAAAAAGCCAAUGACCUUUGAGGAUACCAUGGUGAUGGAGCAAUUGCGCUACAUCGGUAUUCUUGAGACUGUGCGCAUUCGAAGCUCCGGUUUUCCUGUGCGACUUCCCUACCAACAGUUUGUGCACAAUUACGCUUCACUCCUGGAUCGCCAGACCUUCCAACAGGUGACAAGUAUCCCUGAUCUGAAGCAACGCACACAGUCUCUUCUCAACAAUGUAAAUAAAAUCCUGGUCUCGUCCAGUUCAGUGAAACUGGGUCAGGAUUAUGAAGUCGGCCGCACCAAGGUCUUCUUGCGCCAAGAGUUGGCUGACCAGCUGGAAAGCAUCCGUCGGCGUAGACACGUCCAAGCGGCGCGCAUCAUCCAACGCGCCUGGCGCCGUCGAGCCCUCGGUCAACUGGAUCGAGCAAGAAAUAACGCUGCCACUCUUAUUCAGGCCGUCUUCAGAGGUUACCUUGCUCGAAAGAAGAAUCAGAAGUUACUGAUGCGAAUCAGGAUUCCUGCACCGGAAAAUGAAGAAGAGAUGGAUUAUGAAGGGAAUCUCACGGCUGCCGAAAUCGCUAGUUUGCCUGUUCCACAGGAUCUGGCAUUUGUUAUUGAAAAAGUUGGCCAAAGUCAUGGAAAGGAGAGCUUCUUCAUCAACCCCGAAAUGGAGGUAUCAAAGACUUUUAUGGUAAAGCGACUGAUGACCAGCGAUUUGCCUGGAUGCUGGACCCAAUUCAAAGGCGACCUAUGGACUGCGCCAACCAUUGCACAAAUUAUAGCCAACAGUGGAUCGGCCACCAGCAAGUAUCUCGAUAAGUUGAUGCGGUAUUUGGGCGAUCGCAAUGACAACUAG